AAAUAAACAAAUGUUUUCGCGUAGUAGUUGGAAAUGAACAAUAUUGAAUUUUUAUUUAUGAAUUCGUUUCAUAUAUAUUUGUACAAAAAAUAAUUAUAACAAACUUUAUGUCCCAAUUUGAGUGUAUUUUUUGUUUCCUAAUUCAUCUGUAUAAAGCAAUAACUGAAAAUGAAUCACACGUGUGUUUUACACACACUCAAACGUCAAAUUUUGAGUAAAAUCUUGUGCUCAUUACAAAAUUCUGCGAAUGUACAUACUAAAAUUAGUGCGACGGCAAAGCGAGGAAUUCUACUUUCUCGUAUGGUUUCACCGGCUAAAGAUAAAGCGAAACACUGGCAUUACAAGAUCCUUGAUAAUCCACCUAAAGCAAAAAAUGUGUUUGAGAAAGUUCAUCGUCCCAGCCGUCGUCAGAUUGUCCUGAAUUCCCUUUUCAUUAAAAAUAUUACUGAUGUGCUCUCUACAGGGGAUGUUGCUCCUGAAGUCAUGGGGUAUGGGAUCGAAAUCACCAGAGUAAAAAUAUCACCUUGUUGCAAAAUUUUGAAUGUCUACUGGCAGGUUCCACCAAACUCUUUCUCACUGUGCGAAGACAUCGAAACCAAAUUGAACUGCAAAGCACGGGCAAUCAGGGCAGAGAUCAUAAGCCGGAACCUUAUGGGCAAGGUGCCUCACAUCUUCUUCAUUAGAGAUCACACAAAUGCAAGGCUGGCUGCUUUCGAGUCAGCAUUGAAGGAUGUUGAAGCAGAAAUCAAAGAAGAUUCUCCAAUUGUUCUGGACGAAGCAUUUUUAGAAGAUAUACUGGCUUUUAACUCUGCUAAGAAAAUGCACCAGGAAAUAGAAGAAAAGCCGGUUCCAGUAAUUGAAAAAGAACCCGAUGAUUCCCCUAUGUACCCACCACCCAGACCCUCAGACAUGAAAUGUGAUGUGUUUGGCCUAAGACACGAUGUUAUGAUGGACAGAGUGAUGGCUGCAAAGAAAAAAACGAAGCCCUCUGAACACGAAUUUGUGGGUGCCGAAUCUCGUCCUUCGGAAGACGGAGACUUGUUCUCCAGGAUAUCCGGGGAGACUUUGGAAAACAUCGACCGUGAGAAGAUUCUGAAGCAGUUUCAGGUUGAAAGAAAGAAGCUCAGAUCAAAGAAAAAGGAGGAACAUGAAGAUGAAGUUGACAACGAUUAUGAAUGGCAAUCAUACACAGAGAAUGAAACUGCUAGGGAUACUUUUGAGGAGGACGAUUACAUUGAAGAUGAAGAAAUUCAUAAGCGUUAGAAUUGUGCUUAAUUAAAAGUGUUUAAGUUAAAAGCAAUAAAAAUAUGAA